AUGGCGAGAAAGAAGAUACCGAUCAAGAAGAUCGACAACAUAAACGCUAGGCAGGUAACAUUCUCAAAGAGGAGAAAAGGUCUUUUCAAGAAGGCUCAGGAACUGUCAACUCUCUGUGAUGCUGAGAUUGCUCUCAUAGUCUUUUCCGCCACUAACAAGCUCUUCGAGUACGCUAGUUCAAGCAUGCAACAAAUACUUGAAAGGCAUUCGCGGCAUUCAGGUGCUCAAGGAUUAGACAUUUCAUCUAUUGGACAACAGCUUGGAAGUGAUUCCUUUGACAUGCUGCGCAAGGAAAUAGAAGAUAAGACUCAUAACCUGAGUCAGUUGAAUGGGGAUGAGUUGCAAGGAUUGACAAUAGAGGAAUUGCAGAAACUGGAGGAACUUCUUCAAAGACGUUGGACCACUAUUUCAAAAAUUAAGGAUGAAAAAAUUAUACAAGAGAUCAACAGCAGUAAAACAAAGGAAGCUGAACUUAUGGAAGAGAACCAGAAAUUGAAGCAGAGGUUGGCACGAGAACAAAGGCAAUCACAUGAGUCAAUUACCUGCAGUUCAUCUGAUUUUUCUCCAGACAUUGGUAGUUCUGACACAUCUCUCAAGUUGGGGCUGCGUUUAUUUGAAUGA